GCAUCCCUCCUUUCCUUUCCCUCCAGCAGAGCCCCGCAAUCCCUCCUCGCUCGCUGCAGCCGGGAGAGAGAGGGGCGCCCUCCUUUUGGCGCCUUUUUUCAAUUGGUGUGUGACUGAGGGGUCUCCUCUGUCUUCUGGACUUGGCACUGAAAGCCUUCUUCUCUGCCUCUCCAUGGCCCACAGAAGGUGGGCAGGGGAGAUGGGGAGCCUGGCUUUUGGGGUGCUGCAGGCGCUGCUGCUGCUGCUGCUAGCACUGGCUCGCUGUGCCAGGGCUGGCUGUGCUGCAGAAGGGCGCUGCUGCCCAGGCAAGGAGCCCAGCUGUGCCAGCACCGGUUGGCGCCUCAGCCGAGCCUAUGGCACCUGCUACUGCGACGAGGAGUGCCAGCGGACGGGAGACUGCUGCUACGACUACGCCCAGGUGUGCCCAGCUGUUCCAUGCAUUGUUGGGGAAUGGAGUCACUGGAGUGGAUGUGCCGAACAGUGUCAACCGAAAUUCCGUAUGCGUAGACGCAGUGUACAGCAGGAACCCAAAAAUGGUGGGGAGCCUUGUCCUCCAUUAGAAGAGAAAGCUGGAUGCCUGGAAUAUACUACUUAUGAAGGGCAAGAGUGUGCAAAUGAACAUGUUCCUGCAUUCAUAACUAGUUUUGAAUAUAAUAAAGAGAGAAAAAAGAGAGCUGUAAACCCAAGAUGGUCUUCAGAAACAGAAGAGUCUAGGAGCUACUGUGUGGAAUUUAAAACUGAAUCGUUGUCGCCUUAUUGCUCUAUGGAGACUCGCCCAUAUGCUCGAUGGAUGCAGUAUCUGCGAGAAGGAUAUACUGUGUGUGUAACCUGCCAGCCUCCAGCAAUGCAUACCGUUAGCCACCGCUGUUAUGGAGAUGGUGUUGAUGCUGAUAGGAAUAAAGUUCUUCAUUGGCAAGCAGUAGGCAAUCCAUCCUGCCGUGGCACGUGGAAGAAAGUUCAGCAAGUGGAAGAAUGCUCAUGCCCUCUAGUACAUAGCUUUAUUUUUACGUAGCAGCUUGAACACAUACCUUUGAUGGAAACAAGAAAGCUACUCAAGUACUGGACUUGUGUAAAAGACAUUACUUAUAAGCAAGUGAGAAGCCAAACUUUUGGAAUCACACCUAUCCUUUCCUGCAGUGAGGAACAUUGAGGUAACAAUCUCCAAAUUAUACCAUGCAGCUCUGAAGACAGAACUUGGUAUUACAGUGGAAUUUGACUUUGCAUGAUCUGAGGUGGAUGAUGGAUGAUCCAAAGUCACAUGCUUCAAUUUAUCUUAUCAGGGUCGCGAUUUCUCAAGUGCAAAUGUUUGCUUUGUCCACAAAAUGAGAGAAACUGCUCAAAUAAAACUCCUAAGAUUAAUAUGUACAUUUCAGCCAUAUUCACUCUGCAACAUGACCAUUUCCUUAGAAACCAAAUAUUAAGUUGUUGGAAAGCCUGCCUGCUUAACUUCAACAAAUGGUAGGAAGGCUGCUGCAUAAUAUAGUAUAUUUUCAUAAUGAGUGAAUAGUUCCCUGCAUGACUAGAGCUGCUGUGAAGCAAGGACUGCUUCCAUGUGGCACCUAGUCAUCUGAAACUACCCAGGUAGACUGGAAGGAAGCCAAAUGCGGCCUUCUGGAUGUGAUUGUAGUGCAGCUCCUACAAUCCUUAACCAGCACAGGCAAUGGUGAGCAAUUUAGCCACAUUUGGAUGGCUAUACUUUGUUCAGCCCUGAUCAGAAUUUCCUUUCCUCAUAAGUUCCAUCUGCUAGGCUGCUUCUAAUCCUUUAUGUCCAAACUGCUUUCCACAGAACUAUUUAAAAAGAAUAGUUAUUAUAGCAAUAGCAAGUACAUUUCUAUACCGCUUAUCAGUGCACU